CGGGACGUGAACGACAACUCCCCGGUGUUCCCUAAGAAAGACAUGAUAUUAAAGAUUCCUGAAACGGCAUCCCCUGGCUCUCGUUUUCCCCUAGAAAGAGCCCGUGAUAAGGACGUGGGUAUUUAUGGCUUACAGAAUUACAGUCUCUCUCCAAACUCGCAUUUCUCCCUAGCUGUCGAAACUGGGAAAGGAGGAGUAGAGUUCGUGAAACUCGUCCUUGAGAGGGCAUUGGACCGCGAGGAGCAGCAGGAGCUGCAUUUGGUGCUCACGGCUGUGGACGGGGGCUCGCCGCCCAGGUCGGGCACGGCUGAGGUCCGGGUGGUGGUGCUGGAUGCCAACGACAACGUGCCGGUGUUCUCGCGGGAGGUGUACGAGGUGCGCGUGGCCGAGAACAGCCCCCCGGGGCAGCUGGUGGUGCGGGUGUCGGCCGCGGAUCCCGACGAAGGCUCCUACGGCAAAGUUGAAUAUGAGUUCACUUCUGACGAGCCGGGAAAUAUAUUCGACCUGAACUCCGCCACAGGGGAGAUUCGGGUUUCUGGCAAUCUGGAUUUUGAAGAAACGGAAUACCACGAUAUUGAGGUGAAAGCCACGGACGGCGGCGGUCUGUCUGCGCACUGCAAAGUGCACGUGGAGUUGCUGGACGUGAACGACAACGCGCCGGAGAUC